CGCGGCGCCGCGGCACAGGGCGCACCGGGCCGCCCGAGCCGACCGGCCACACGGUGGAACCAUCAGAAGCCAAAAAUCACAGGCAGCCUGAGGCAGUUUCACUGGAGGGCUCAGUACCAGGAUCUAUGUCUAAGUUUUAACUCUCGCUUACAAAGACCACGAUAAUUCCUUCCCCAAAGCCAAGCAGUCCCCCAGCCCCGCACAGCCCCAGCCUGCCUCCCACCACCCAGCUGCCCGCAAUGCCCUCCAGCGGCCCCGGGGACACCAGCAGCUCCGCUCCGGAGCGGGACGAGGACCGCAAGGAGGGAGAGGAGCAGGAGGAGGCCCGUGGCAAGGAGGAGCGGCAAGAGCCCAGCAUAACUGCACGGAAGGUGGGACGGCCUGGAAGGAAGCGCAAGCACCCCCCGGUGGAAAGCAGUGACACACCGAAGGACCCUGUGGUGACCUCCAAGUCCCCGUCCAUGGCCCAGGACUCAGGCCCUUCAGAGCUGUUACCCAACGGGGACUUGGAAAAGCGAAGUGAGCCCCAGCCGGAAGAGGGGAGCCCCGCUGGGGGGCAGAAGGGCGGGGCCCCUGCAGAGGGAGAGGGUGCAGCUGAGACCCCGCCCGAAGCUUCCAGAGCAGUGGAGAAUGGCUGCUGCACCCCCAAGGAUGGCCGAGGAGCCCCUGCAGAAGAGGGCAAAGAGCAGAAGGAGACCAACAUCGAGUCCAUGAAAAUGGAGGGCUCCCGGGGCCGGCUGCGGGGUGGCCAGGGCUGGGAGUCCAGCCUCCGGCAGCGGCCCAUGCAGCGACUCACCUUCCAGGCGGGGGACCCCUACUACAUCAGCAAGCGCAAGCGGGACGAAUGGCUGGCACGCUGGAAAAGGGAGGCUGAGAAGAAAGCCAAGGUGAUCGCAGUAAUGAAUGCUGUAGAAGAGAACCAGGGAUCCGGUGAGUCGCAGAAGGUGGAGGAGGCCAGCCCUCCUGCCGUGCAGCAGCCCACAGACCCUGCCUCCCCCACUGUGGCCACCACACCUGAGCCCGUGGGGGCCGACACCGGGGACAAGAACGCCACCAAAGCAGCUGAUGACGAACCAGAGUACGAGGACGGCCGGGGAUUUGGCAUUGGGGAGCUGGUGUGGGGGAAACUGCGGGGCUUCUCCUGGUGGCCAGGCCGCAUUGUGUCUUGGUGGAUGACGGGCCGGAGCCGAGCAGCUGAAGGCACCCGCUGGGUCAUGUGGUUCGGAGAUGGCAAGUUCUCAGUGGUGUGUGUGGAGAAGCUGAUGCCGCUGAGCUCCUUCUGCAGCGCUUUCCACCAGGCCACCUACAACAAGCAGCCCAUGUACCGCAAAGCCAUCUACGAAGUCCUGCAGGUGGCCAGCAGCCGAGCAGGGAAGCUGUUCCCGGCGUGCCACGACAGCGAUGAGAGCGACACUGCCAAGGCGGUGGAGGUGCAAAACAAGCAGAUGAUUGAAUGGGCCCUGGGGGGGUUCCAGCCCUCUGGUCCCAAGGGCCUGGAGCCCCCAGAAGAGGAGAAGAACCCCUACAAAGAAGUUUACACAGACAUGUGGGUCGAACCCGAGGCAGCUGCCUAUGCACCACCCCCACCAGCCAAAAAACCCCGAAAGAGCACAACGGAGAAGCCCAAGGUCAAGGAGAUUAUUGAUGAACGCACAAGAGAGCGGCUGGUGUACGAGGUGCGGCAGAAGUGCCGGAACAUCGAGGACAUUUGCAUCUCUUGUGGGAGCCUCAACGUCACCCUGGAACACCCGCUCUUCAUUGGAGGAAUGUGCCAAAACUGCAAGAACUGCUUCCUGGAGUGCGCGUACCAGUACGACGAUGAUGGCUACCAGUCUUACUGCACCAUCUGCUGUGGGGGGCGUGAGGUGCUCAUGUGCGGGAACAAUAACUGCUGCAGGUGCUUUUGUGUGGAGUGUGUGGAUCUCUUGGUGGGGCCGGGGGCUGCCCAGGCCGCCAUUAAGGAAGACCCCUGGAACUGCUACAUGUGCGGGCACAAGGGCACUUAUGGGCUGCUGCGGCGGCGGGACGACUGGCCCUCCCGGCUGCAGAUGUUCUUCGCCAACAACCAUGACCAGGAAUUUGACCCUCCGAAGGUGUACCCGCCCGUGCCAGCAGAGAAGAGGAAGCCCAUCCGGGUGCUGUCUCUCUUUGAUGGAAUUGCCACAGGGCUCCUGGUGCUGAAGGACUUGGGCAUUCAGGUGGAUCGCUACAUCGCCUCGGAGGUGUGCGAGGACUCCAUCACGGUGGGCAUGGUGCGGCACCAGGGGAAGAUCAUGUACGUCGGGGACGUCCGCAGCGUCACGCAGAAGCAUAUCCAGGAGUGGGGCCCAUUCGAUCUGGUGAUUGGGGGCAGUCCCUGCAACGAUCUCUCCAUCGUCAACCCUGCCCGCAAGGGACUCUAUGAGGGCACUGGCCGGCUCUUCUUUGAGUUCUACCGCCUCCUGCAUGAUGCGCGGCCCAAGGAGGGAGAUGAUCGCCCCUUCUUCUGGCUCUUUGAGAAUGUGGUGGCCAUGGGCGUUAGUGACAAGAGGGACAUCUCGCGAUUUCUUGAGUCCAACCCUGUGAUGAUUGAUGCCAAAGAAGUGUCAGCUGCACACAGGGCCCGCUACUUCUGGGGGAACCUUCCUGGUAUGAACAGGCCAUUGGCAUCCACUGUGAACGACAAGCUGGAGCUGCAGGAGUGUCUGGAGCAUGGCAGAAUAGCCAAGUUCAGCAAAGUGAGGACCAUCACUACUAGAUCGAACUCCAUAAAGCAGGGCAAAGACCAGCAUUUCCCCGUCUUCAUGAACGAGAAAGAGGACAUCUUAUGGUGCACUGAAAUGGAAAGGGUGUUUGGCUUCCCUGUCCACUAUACCGACGUCUCCAACAUGAGCCGCUUGGCGAGGCAGAGACUGCUGGGCCGGUCCUGGAGCGUGCCGGUCAUCCGCCACCUCUUCGCUCCGCUGAAGGAAUAUUUUGCUUGUGUGUAAGGGACGUGAGGGCAAACUGAGGUAGUGACACAAAUUUAAACAAACAAACAAAAAACACAAAACACAACAAAAACAUCAAGAACAUGAGGAUGGAGAGAAGUAUCAGCACCCAGAAGAGAAAAAGGAAUUUAAAACAAAAACCACAGAGGCGGAAAUAACGGAGGGCUUUUGCCUUGCAAAAGGGUUGGAUAUCAUCUCCUGGUUUUUUCAAUGUUAAUCUUCAGUCCUAUUUAAAAAGAAAACCAAGCCCCCCACCCCUUAAUUUUUUUUUUUUUUUUUUUUUUUUUUGUUUUUUUUUUUGUUUUUUUUUUGGUGAAACCUUUGUUUUCUACUCUUUUCAGAGGGGUUUUCUGUUUGUUUGGGUUUUUGUUUCUUGCUGUGACUGAAACAAGAGGGUUUAUUGCAGCAAAAAUCAGUAACAAAAAUUAGUAACAAUACCUUGCAGAGGAAGGAUGGACGUGAAGGAUAAAAAAAAAAAGAAAAUUCUAUAGAAAUCUAUAUAUUGGAUUUUUUUUUAAACUAUAUAUCUUUUGUUGUCUCUGGCCUGAUCAGAUAGGAGCACAAGCAGGGGACAGAACAUUGCAAGAUGCUCAGGCGGCAGGAUCCCUGCCAGCCCCAGCCUCUUGCCAGCACCAUUCCUGGUUUGCAGAGCAGAACCCAUCUAGAGCAGGGAGACGAGAAUACCACCAAGACCCUUUUAUACAGUAUUUCAGGUGCCUACCACACAGGAAACCUUGAAGAAAAUCAGUUUCUAGAAGCCGCUGUUACCUCUUGUUUACAGUUUAUAUAUAUAUGAUAGAUAUGAGAUAUAUAUAUAAAAGGUACUGUUAACUACUGUACAACCUGACUUCAAAAUGGUGCUUUAAAACAGCGAGAUGAGUAAAAACAUCAGCUUCCAUGUUGCCUUAUGUGCAAAGGGUGUUAACCGAGGAUGGAGAAAGGGAGACAGCGUGAAGACAAGUCGGUAUCCUAGGGGGCUCUUUUUCCCCUUGCUUUUUAAACAAGGUGAAGGAGAAGCACUUGGGGACAGCGCUCUCCCGUUUCUCCCUGCCAAAAAAAAAAGGGGGGUACAAUGAGGUGGUGGGGACCGUGGAAAGCUGAGAGUGGCAUUUCAUCCAGGUUCACGCAAUAACCUUUUGAUUUUUUUUUUCUAAAAGGAGACCCCUCUCGGCGAGAUGGCAGGAUAAGGGGUCUUCAGUCCCGAUUUCUCACAUUAGCCGAUUGGUGGGCUCCUUGUGUGGGAUCAGAAAUAAUCCAGCGUGCGGGGAAGUGACAGUUCAAACCCCACCUGGAGCAAAUAAAAAAACAUACAAAACGUACUGGUGCUUUCCUGUCUAAGUCGCCUUUUGUGUGUUCUUUUAUGAGGCCCCACCACCCACCCUCUGCGCACAAGGCGGCUGCGGCCCCUGGAAUGCGAUGUUUUUGGUCAUCUCCAAAGGCUGCAGUUUUAUACUGGGAGGCUGACGACACCUUUUGUUAUCAUUAUUCUUAUGGUUCUGGUUAUAAUUAUGUUUUCAGAUUUUCUUUAAGAAAACAAAAACCCAACACCCCUCCCUUUAGGUUUCAAACCGAGGUGCGGGGAGCAGGGUGCUUCUGGUUGGUGGCCCUGGUGCCCUGGCUCCCCCCUCGGGCCAGGUGGGCCGCCGGGCGCCGCGGCAGCUGGGCGGCCCUCCGGCGUCCUUCUCUUCUACUUCCCCUCCUCUCGAGUCGCGUGUGUCAGGGCUGGAGGGAGGGCCGGGCGCCUCUCUCCGCGCGUGUGUGAUUGGAGUGGUGUGUGUUGCUUUUCUAGUACUUGGUCUGAUGAUAGCUGCGCUCUGACUUGAGUCAGCGGCACCUGGAGCCCGGCACGGCUCUCGUUCCUCUUCCUACCGAGGGGGCGGCCUGGUGGUGGCGGUAGGCAGGGACGGCAGAGGUGGCUCCAGGGUGAAGGCCCAAUGGGCAGAUGCUUAACUGAAUAGAUGGGGUGUAGAUAUGUGGCAUAUAGAGAUAUAUAUUUUAUAAUGGGAGGGGGGAAUGGCACCUCCUGGGACUGGCAGAGCUGGGAGGUGUGCUGUUAAGCACACGGUCUCAAGUUCGCAUCCCUAGAAAGAUAGGGCCUAUGGUGAUAGGCGCUCUAUAAAUACAUAGAUAGGGUCAUGUAUAAGAAAUAUUAUGUGGUGGGGGAGCGGGGCGCGGGGGCUCAGAAUGCUGAGCCUCGGACCCCACUGCAGACAUAAGCCCCACACUAAUCAAUCCCACACUCACACACAGGAACCUAUUUCUAUAUGGAUGCAUAAUGAAUGCACACACACACACACACACACACACACACAGAGCCAGGGAGCUCCCAGCGCUGUUCUCCCCAGGAUUCAGGACUUUGUGGAGUCGGCCCUGCAGCUAUUUACCUCUGUUGCCCUGAUUGCAGGUAGACUGUCAAUCCCAGAAGUUGCUAGGUGCUGAAGGCAGGGAAAGGAGGAGGUUUUAUUUUCGCAGGUGCUCUCCUCUAGCAGGUAGCAUUCUAUCUCUUUUGCCCCUGGUGAUGUCAAGACUCUUCUGUUAGCAACCUGUGAUACUGACCUGCAACUCGAGGCACCAGUCAAGUCAGCCCUCAACUCCCCCUACCUAUUCUCCCCAACCAAAAUAAAAUUGGCAUCCAAGUCUGUCUUGGCCAGGGGCUUUCAUUGGGGGAAAAAAAAAAUGGGACGGUGAACCUCAAUCUUUGGAAUGAAACAAAUUAACAAUUGGACACUGCUAAACCAAGGCUCUGAUUCCCUGCUCAUAGCUCUGGAGAAAGCUCACAGCGGGUGGCCUCCGUCACCCACUCCUGUUUUUGGGUGCUUAGUCCCAGACCCCGGUCUACUCCCUUGUCAGAUUGGUUAAGGUCAUGCCCAGUUGCUUCCCGCCGGCACCGUGACAAGGUGGCAGGUGUUGGUCGGGACGUCCACGGGGCUGGGGCAGCUGGGAGUGGAAAACCGCUGCCCCUCCCUCGUGGGAGUCCCGUUCCUAACCGUGGUGCUCGCCCCGUCCCAUCCUCGCUCCUGCCAGGCUCCAUCUUCCUGGCCUGGAGUCCACCAGCACCACUUCAGGAGGGCUGGGGGGAGGAGGGCUGCCUCAGGCAGUCCAAGGUGCUCCCUCCCCACCGGCCAGCGCCAAGGUCUUCCCAGCCUCGGUGUCGGGACAGUCUCUUCUGGGCCACCCUCUGCAAAAAGACACCAGCUCUUCUGGUUCCCCUGUGCCUCUGUCCACUACUCAUGUGAAGGAGUUUGCCUUUCCCGGGGGCAGGCUCCACCCAGGGAGUUGGCAUGGGGGAGGAACUUGGUGGCCUAGGAAGUGGCAAGCCCGAGGAAUUAGCAUGGGCUUCCAGAUGCUCAGAGGAAGCCGCCUUGCUAUGGCUGACAUGAGCGUAAGUCCCCUGGUCAGACCACCAGACUAGGCCCCAGGCGGCCAGGCGCCCCCCUCCUGGGGUGAGAGUUCAUCACUGGUUUUUCCUCCAGUCUAACCCGUGGGCUUGGUCACACAGUAGAACUUGGUAGAGUGCGGGGCACCUUGAGAAUGUGCCAAUGUGGCCACACCGGGAUGCUCUUAAUGCUGUCAGGUCCCCCCACCCGCUGCGUGGUUUCUGGGGAGAGGUCAGGUCACCUAAAGGGGCACUGUGCUCCAACAGGCUGAGGCAGCGUCCUGGGCGGGUAACGCAGGGAUUGCUGCACUUGAUAUAGGACUGGGGGAGAGGCAGUGGAGUGGGAGAAGCCAAGGAGGGCCCAGGGAAAAUUCUGGGUUAUGUUUCCCGUGGGAUUUUCUAAAGAGCAGGCCUGUUUACCCUGGAGCUAGGGGUCAGGAUGAUGCCUCGCUGACUGCAGGUGUCAAGCGAACAUGUUGCCAAAGUGAGGGUGGCUGUGGUCCGAGGGGGGCGGAGGGAAGCUGGUGCAAGGUCAUGGAGCCCUGGUCUCCUGUGAGGAGGAAGCUGGUCUCCAGCAGGCGGCUGAGGGCCUCGAGCUGGCCGGUGCUGACCCUUCCCCCUUGGGAGCGACUACAGAACAGUCAGCUGGAGAGCAGCAGGUGGAGAUGGAGGGGUAUCGCUGUUUUUCUCUCAAUCCUAGAACCUUCUUGCUAUUGCAUGUGAUUCUAGAAAGCGACUUGCCCACAGAGUGUCUCGGACGUCUUCGCUUGUGACGGGCCUGGAGUGGUUGACUGAUGUGAGUUUUGCUGCCUGGAACAGGCAGUCCUGAUAGGAAGGCUCGAGAAAGAAUGGGCUCCCCUUGCUUCCUGGCUAUCUGGGGAAGCCUCGCCGGGAAUACCCACCAUCUCCAGCACAGGGAGGCCUGUUGCAGGAGCCAAGGGAGGAAUGAUUCAGUGGCGCCAUCUGGGAAAUGCUCCCCGGGACAGCUGCAGGCAGGAGUCUCUCUCCAGUUAUGUCAGAACAGACCGUGGAUUUGGGGGCGUUUUUGAAUUCCUGCCAUUAUCCUGCUUGGUGCAGACUUGCUGUGGCACAGUAUUUUUAGGAAGCUCGUAGGAGCCCCUUGGGCUGUGGCUUAGGGUCCCGGGCCUGCCUGGCACAGUGGCCUGAAGGGGGCUGGCAGUUUUCUUCUGACGGGACCGCAGAGCCAAGAUUCUGGUGAGAACCGUGUUCCUAGCCAGGCACCCAUUUUGAUCCAGGAGGAGAGGAAUCUGGAUUUGUUACCGGGCCUUGUCUAGUCUGGUUGCUCCAGCGCUGGUGAUCAGUUGCUUCAGCAGGAAGCAGCUGAAGCCUUUCCCGAACCCCAGAAUGGAAGAGGUGUUGGGAGGGGGGCUGGCCCAGAGCUAGAACCAGCCCCUCUCUGCCAUUGCCUGAUGAGGCACUGAUUAACUACAGUGUUGGGGAAUCUGGGAGGAAACAGAACAGACCAGCUUAGAGAAUGGAUCCCACUGUUCUGCCAGAAGCUCUCAACUCUAUAUUUUGGUGAAGGAUGGUUGGGGGCCUUUGGGAAGCGAGACCCCUGUAGCUGCAUGUGUGAGACCUGGUAGGGCGAGCCUUGGGUUGGUGGCCUCUUGCUUGUGGCAGUAGAAUCUGGGGGAGUGGAAUCUGGGGGAGCAGGUUCGAAGCAGUGAGGACAAGGUUGGAAAGUCCCUUUCAAGUAGAGACAGCUGACUCACCCCAGCUGAGGCCCGCAGACCCCUGUUGGAACGCCCCCCCCACCCCCACGGCUCCACAGGAGGGGCCCGGGGAGGGAGCCAGGGUGGCUUGCUCCAGCCUUGUCUAGUGCCCAGCCCUGCCCCGAGGCGAUGAGCAGGGAAUCAGAGCUUCACCUUAGUCCCAUUUCACUUCCGGACAAUUGGGUGGCCCAGCCCUAGAAUUCAACAGACAACAAAAAUGCCGAAAUUCCUUAGAAUACGCAGAGGGAGGAGGUGACUCAACAAGGUGCUAAAAACAUUUUAUUAAAAAUAUAUAUUGUUAAAUUAAGUCUGCUGUCUGGACAAUGACUGUUUGUUUUGUUUUCUUGUAGUGGAGUUUAAAAGAGACUAUUAUUUUACUCUGAUAUAUUAUUAUUAAAAAGGCAUUUUAACUUUGUACUUGAAAACUAAAUGAGCGAUUUCACGUGUUUUAGCUGAGGCAUUGAAGUAGCGGGUGCUUACUUAUUUGUGGGAAAUCAUGUAUUCAUACUGAAGAGUAAACUCCGUAGCUGAUUUGGUAAUAACUUUUACUGUUACAGACGAUUUCGCUUUGACCCCGGCGGCAGAGCACUUUUACUCCACAUUCCACGCAGCUAAAUGCAGGACUUACCCCGACCCUUCCCUUCCCGGCCCCGGAAACCUUUCUCUUCCGUUCCUCUUUUUUCCUUUCUUUUUUUUUGUUUUUGUUUUUGUUUUUCCUGGUUCCAGCAUCCUUUCACCACUGUAUUUUUUUUAGGGUUGCUUCUCUAUUUAUUGACAAUAAUAAUGUACAUUUCACAGUCUGGUUCUGGGACAUCCAGGGCGGGGCGCGUGUGUGGGGGGGCCCCCAGCGGGUCCCCCUCGCCGUUCCCCUGGGGUCCUGUUGUAUCUCUGUGUAAGUGAUGCUCGUGACAUAGCUGUUUAUGAAAUAAUUAAAGAGGUCAAUGCGUGCAGCAGAUGUAGAAAGUCUGUCAAUUCCGCCUUCAUCACAUUUUUUUUGUGCCCAGAAGAAUAUAAUAAAGCUCCUUUCUAAUGUACUUGUGCUGGAGAACACUUGAAUAAAUGGACUGUUUUUGUGCAAAAAGAAAAACGGAAAAAGCACCGUAAUAAUGUCCUUUUGUCUUGCGUCUCCUUUCCCCUGACAUGACUGCUCAUGGCCUUCUCCAGGGGGUCGAGGACCCAAGUGGGGCUAGCCUGGGUCCAGACAACGCGAUUCUGCCUUUGAGAACAUCACCUGCAGGAGCUUAAGUAGGGAUUGUCACCUGGGUGGGAAAAAUGCCUCCCAUGGACCUGAAACUCUAAAAUAAGUUGUAGUGACACAGGGGUGCUGGACAAGUCAGUUCUGCCCGAUUGGGCCGUAAGAGUUCAGACUGGACCCGGGAGGGGACAAUGAUGUGUGCCAGUGUGUGGCUCACACAACUGCAGGACUUCGGUUAUGGGGCUCUUCCCCACUCGGGGUGGGGGGGGGUUCUCCAGCCCAGAGCGUUUCCGGGGGAGCAGCCAGGGUGAGAGACUGGGCAGUGCAGGGUAUGCUCUAGAGCGAACUGAGGUGUUUGCCCUAACAAAAGAGAAUUGAGAGAUGUUUGCAAACACUGACAGGGCCUGGGUGGUUCCAGAAGGCAGGCAGCAGCUUAAAGAAUGUCCUUUGUCACCACCGAUUAACAGGACGGGGCCGUCCCUGGUCCCUGAAAAAGUGCCAGACAGCCAUUUGGCAGCCCCCAGGUCUGGUCUGGUGCCUUGGGCUUUGGGGAGCCGUGUCACAUAGUGACCCCUUCAUUCUCAGUUUCCCUUCCCUGUCUCCCCCCAUCUGUGAGGAAUCCCAGCACAGAGCUGCUGGGAAGCUGCCCCCACACCACAGCCCUCAGGCCUGGCCUCCCCAGCUGGGACGUGGUCUCCUCAGUGCCGGGCAGGUCUGCCUACCGCUGCUUCCCCCGAGGAAGGUUUUUCAAGGUUUCUUUCCAAUGCUAGGCUUUAGGGGAGCGUCAGGACCACACCACGUUGCUGGCAGCUUCGAGAAAAAGGUCUCUUUCAUGGAACCUUUUUUCUUUACCAAAUUGUCAACGUACAUUCAACUUCUGGCCUGUUUUUUUCUUAGUAUUUCUCAGUAUUGAUGUAGUAUGCAUUUUUUAAAAAAGUUGCGUGGCACUAUCUUGUUGGAUGCUGGUGUUUAUAUAUGUGUUUUAUUUUUGCUAUAAGUAGAUUUGCAAUAAAUACCUUUCUGUGACGAUUCCUCCUUCCCCACCUCCAUUUUGUAUUUUUUUCCUUCAGACAGAUUCCCAGAAAUGUAGCUUCUGGGGAUAAAGCAGAAGAGCAAGCUGGGUUGUCUGACUCCCUCAAGUGGGUCAGCAACAGUCCAGCUUAGCACGGAGGCUGUCAGUUCAGAGAGAAACAAACAUUGGCCCUAGUUUGAUCGAUUUGAAAGUGUGUUAACCCCAGUGGAGAAGUGAAGA